GCUAUAAAUUCCCCCAGUCGGUCGUCACCUCGGAACGUCGGCUCCUGGACUUCCUCCUCGUCAAGGUUGUGAAAAGAAAAGAGCUGCAGGAUGUUGACAGCUGCGAGCGUCUUCCUGCUCUUCCUGCAGGUCGUGACACGAGCGUCAGGUUCGGUUGUCUCCAGCUGCGAGGCGUGCCACAAUGAAGCAACAUGCCAAGAAUCACAGCAACGAGGCGACUCCUUCCCUGACAUCUCAUGUGUCUGCAAAGACGGCUUUGUGGGUGAUGGUGCCGCCUGUUACGAUACCUCUACCUGCGGCGAUGGUUCUUGUUGCCACCCGGGUUAUCAGUGGGCGCCUGGCCGCGGCUGCGUGGACGUUGACGAAUGCACCCUCUCCGACUCACCGUGCACGGCGCCUUGGGUUUGCCAAAACACGGCAGGCUCCUAUGAAUGCCUGGCACCUGCUUCGCUCUCCAAAUCCGCCAUUUCUUCACCGUCCGUCCAGUUCAGAUGUGGCGACGCCGCGUGUCCGGUUGGCAUGGACUGCCUUGGAAAUAACGGGACGAGCUGCGAAGACCCGUGCGAAAGCUACACUGUACUGAACGACACCUGGCGGUCCACAGAAAAUGGAUUUGACUCUCACAACGUAGCAUGUGACAGUAGAGUGGAGUGGCGCGGCUGGUAUCGCCUGUUCCUGGGACCAAACGAUGCACGUAUUCCUGAGGGAUGUGUUCCUGGAUUCAAGUGUGGAACACAUAUUACAAUGACGCUAAAUGAACCUCAUCCCACACUGUCUGAUGGCAUUGUAAGUCGCUCUGUAUGCAACACCUGGGCUAGCGAUUGCUGCGGUGUCAAUAAUCAAAUACGCAUCCAUGUCAAGAUGUGCUCCAGAGCACAUGCUUCCAGCUUCUACGUGUACAAACUUGUCACGUCAUCAGUGUGUCACUACGCAUACUGUGCAGAGGUAAACGAAGCAGGUUCUUUUACACCAGAACCUGAAGGACCUUCAAUGGAACCAACAACUUACACUUACCCAGGGACAAGCAAUGCCAUGGAAACAACAGAAGCUAACACUUAUCCAGAGACAGAGACAACCACUGCUGCCUCAACAACGGUGCCCUCAAUAAAUGAGGGCGAGGUCCGUCUGGCAAAUGGAAGAAACAGCUCCUGCUCCGGUAGAGUGGAGAUCUUCCACCGUGGACAGUGGGGAACAGUGUGUGAUGAUAUCUGGGACCUGAAGCAUGCCCAGGUGGUGUGUAGACAGUUGGGCUGUGGCAGGGCCCUAUCAGCCCCACAGCAAGCCCACUUUGGACAAGGAAGAGGACCCAUUUGGUUGGACAAUGUCAGAUGCAAGGGCAGUGAAUCAAAGCUCAGUGAAUGUACACACCAAGGGAUUGGAUCACACAACUGUGGUCACCAAGAAGAUGCUGGUGUGGUCUGUGAAGCUGCUUCCCCCUUAAGGCUGGUCAACUCUGACAACCGCUGCUCUGGAAGAGUUGAGGUCUACCACAAUGGACAGUGGGGGACGGUGUGUGACGACAUAUGGGACCUCACCAACGCCAAAGUGGCGUGCAGACAGUUGGGCUGUGGCAAGGCUCGGUCGGCACUGCACGGCGCAGCUUUCGGACAAGGCAGAGGACCCAUCUGGUUGGAUGACGUGCGCUGUUAUGGCAAUGAAACAUCCCUAGUGAGCUGCAAACAUCUUGGAUUUGGGAGACACAACUGUGUCCACAGGGAGGAUGCUGGCGUCAUUUGUGAAGAGGUAAACGAACCAGGUUCUUCUACAUCAGAACCUGAAGGAACUUCAAUGGAACCAACAAUUUACACUCAUCCAAGGACAACCAAUGCCAUGGAAACAACAGAAGCUAACACUUAUCCAGAGGCAGAGACGACCACUGCUGCCUCAACAACGGUGCCCUCAAUAAAUGAGGGCGAGGUCCGUCUGGCAAAUGGAAGAAACAGCUCCUGCUCCGGUAGAGUGGAGAUCUUCCACCGUGGACAGUGGGGAACAGUGUGUGAUGAUAUCUGGGACCUGAAGCAUGCCCAGGUGGUGUGUAGACAGUUGGGCUGUGGCAGGGCCCUAUCAGCCCCACAGCAAGCCCACUUUGGACAAGGAAGAGGACCCAUUUGGUUGGACAAUGUCAGAUGCAAGGGCAGUGAAUCAAAGCUCAGUGAAUGUACACACCAAGGGAUUGGAUCACACAACUGUGGUCACCAAGAAGAUGCUGGUGUGGUCUGUGAAGCUGCUUCCCCCUUAAGGCUGGUCAACUCUGACAACCGCUGCUCUGGAAGAGUUGAGGUCUACCACAAUGGACAGUGGGGGACGGUGUGUGACGACAUAUGGGACCUCACCAACGCCAACGUGGCGUGCAGACAGUUGGGCUGUGGCAAGGCUCGGUCGGCACUGCACGGCGCAGCUUUCGGACAAGGCAGAGGACCCAUCUGGUUGGAUGACGUGCGUUGUUAUGGCAAUGAAACAUCCCUAGUGAGCUGCAAACAUCGUGGAUUUGGGAGACACAACUGUGUCCACAGGGAGGAUGCUGGCGUCAUUUGUGAAGAGUCGGAAACUUCACUCAGUAUAUCCCGCCUCAUCUGCGGCUCUGACAAACUCCAAGUUGGGCUGGAUUCAGUUAGCACAACAAGCGCUGGUUAUAACCCACUCACUGGCAAUCUGGCAGUCCACAACUGUUCCUGGGUCAGAGUGCAAGAUGGCAUUGUGUGGUACGAAGUCGACGCCCAGGCAGAUGCUUGUGGAAACAAACUGGCGACCAACGGCACACAUGCCAUCUACUCCAACAGUUUAUUCGUCUAUCCAACAAACAACGCUUCCUUCUCUGUCCCCACAAGUCUUCCGUUCUCAUGUGCUUAUCCCCUGGACACAGAGAGCAGACUGAACGUGGCCGUCCGACCAUCCCUGGCGGUGGAAGGCGGUAUUGUUGGUUUAGGUGCCAAAGCUAGAGCCUCUAUGGUCCUGUUCCACGACUCCAACUAUACAGAAGCUUAUCCAUCUGGUACGGUGUACCUUUCAGUGGGCUCACCACUGUAUGUCGGGGUCUCGGUGGACAAAAGAGAUCCCAGCUUGGCAGUUGUCCUGGAGGACUGCUUCGCCUCUCACUCCUCAAACCCUAACUACUCUGAGCGAUACUCCCUCAUCCACAAUAAGUGUCCCACUGACCGCCAACAAGUGUCUGUGGUUGAGAGCGGCUCAUCCCUGCGGGCUCGGUUCUCUGCCCUGUUCUUCCUUCCUCAGGGAGAAUACCGAAAUGUUUACCUCCACUGCAGCCUCAGCCUGUGCGACCGCAGGGGCUUGUACUCUUGCGCUCCGUCUUGCACAAGGCGACAACAACGCUCGGUCUCUCACUCCAUUCAAACCGAGCCACUGACCAUUGGACCAAUCACGUACGUAUCUCAUGAAGGCAGUGGUUUUUAGGCCCCUUUGGAGGAAGACCAGUCGUCGUUCCCCGUGCUUCGCCACACUGUUAACUUCUACAAAAUCCUAAUAAAGAAAAACUACUUUCAUGG